GUGGAAACUUCAAUGGUAAUCCAGAGGAUGAUUUAGUGACCCGUGAUGGUAUAGAUGUAAGCGGCUAUCCCGAUGGUUCGAUUUGGAGUGUUAAAGAUACACUUAUUGGCAACAGUUGGAAAGUCUACAACCCUGGCCAGCCUGAUUGUGAGGAACUGAAUCCUGAUGAGAUUCCCGAAAGCUCGGGUGGCAGGAAGGUUACACCAAACCCAACUGCUUUAUGCAAAAAAUACUUGGCUAAAAAUAGGGCUAUGAGAAAGAACUGUUCUGCUAAAGUGAUGGGGUAUGCACUGCGAGAAUGCUAUAUGGAUGCCAUAGCCUCAAACUUAGUGAGUCGGGCAGCAAUAAAGGAAGCCAUAUGUGCUGCAAUGGAACAAAUGAUGGCAAACUGCCCUGUUAGCCAGACCAGAGAAGGUGGGAGUUUGGAAGAGUAUGCAAAGGAAUACGGCUGUUACCAGAAAAGCGGUGACGAGAGAGAAGAGUUGCCAUUUGAAAGAUUAACCGGACCGCAGUAGAUUAACUUGAUAUGAUCAUCAUUUUGAGAUACCUCAAGAAAUGAAAAUUCUAAAUGUGCACUCCUAUCUAAAUGUUAUGUUUGUGUUUCAAA